AGUUCUGGAGCUUGGGCCCAGGAAGCGGUGGAGGGCACUGGGGCGUUGGCCCCAAGUCCCCAGCACUGAAGAGGACCUGGUGGGUUUGCUGUGGGUCCCAAGGGCAGCCAACCCCCUGCUGGGGAGAGUGUGGUGCAGGCCCGGGGGGUGAUGCUCUUGUGUCCAGCACCCAGGCCCUGCAGGCACAGCUCCCAGUUCCGACAGGCCUUGCGUGCUGACCACCCCGGCCUGGCCCCGGGGCAGGCAGGAGGUGAGUAGCAGACAGCAGGCCCAGGGCGGGGGAGCCGCCAAGCACCCGGGGGGCGGCACCCUGCAGCCACCCCGGCGACCCGCCUCCCUCCCAGCCGCCGAGCCCAGGAUGCGAGAAUGGCCAGCUCAUCUCUGCCCACCCUGGUGCCUCUGGGCCCUGAGAGCCUGCGCCCCUUCACCCGGGAGUCCCUGGCAGCCAUAGAGCGGCGGGUGCAGGAGGAGGAGGCCCGGCAGCAGCGGAACAAGCAGAUGGAGAUCGAGGAGUCUGAAAGAAAGCCACGCAGCGACCUGGAGGCCGGCAAGAACCUGCCCCUCAUCUACGGGGACCCCCCACCGGAGGUCAUCGGCAUCCCCCUGGAGGACCUGGACCCCUACUACAGCGACAAGAAGACCUUCAUCGUCCUUAACAAGGGCAAGGCCAUCUUCCGCUUCUCUGCUACGCCCGCCCUCUACAUGCUGAGCCCCUUCAGCAUCAUCAGACGCUGCGCCAUCAAAGUGCUCAUCCACUCGCUGUUCAGCAUGUUCAUCAUGAUCACCAUCCUGACCAACUGUGUGUUCAUGACCAUGAGCAACCCGCCUUCCUGGUCCAAGCACGUGGAGUACACAUUCACGGGGAUCUAUACCUUUGAGUCCCUCAUCAAGAUGCUGGCCCGGGGCUUCUGCAUUGACAACUUCACAUUCCUCCGGGACCCCUGGAACUGGCUGGACUUCAGCGUCAUCACCAUGGCGUACCUGACGGAGUUUGUGGACUUGGGCAACAUCUCAGCCCUGAGAACCUUCCGGGUGCUGCGGGCCCUGAAAACCAUCACGGUCAUCCCAGGGCUGAAGACGAUUGUGGGGGCCCUGAUCCAGUCCGUGAAAAAGCUGUCGGACGUGAUGAUCCUCACCGUCUUCUGCCUGAGUGUCUUUGCACUGGUGGGGCUGCAGCUCUUCAUGGGAAACCUGCGGCAGAAGUGCGUGCGCUGGCCCCCGCCCUUCAAUGACACCAACACCACGUGGUACGGCAACGACACGUGGAACGGCAACGACACGUGGAACGGCAACGACACGUGGAACGGCAACGACACGUGGAACAGCCAUGAGAGCUGGGCCAGCAACUCGACCUUUGACUGGGAUGCCUACAUCAGUGACGAAGGGAACUUCUAUUUCCUGGAGGGUGCCAAUGACGCCCUGCUCUGUGGGAACAGCAGCGAUGCUGGGCACUGCCCCGAGGGUUACGAGUGUAUCAAGGCUGGGCGGAACCCCAACUACGGCUACACCAGCUACGACACGUUCAGCUGGGCCUUCCUGGCCCUCUUCCGCCUCAUGACCCAGGACUACUGGGAGAACCUCUUCCAGCUGACCCUUCGAGCUGCUGGCAAGACCUACAUGAUCUUCUUCGUGGUCAUCAUUUUCCUGGGCUCCUUCUACCUCAUUAACCUGAUCCUGGCGGUAGUGGCCAUGGCGUAUGCAGAGCAGAAUGAGGCCACCCUGGCCGAGGAUCAGGAGAAAGAAGAAGAGUUUCAGCAGAUGCUGGAGAAAUUCAAAAAGCAGCAGGAGGAGCUGGGGAAGGCCAAGUCUGCCCAGGCUCUGGAAGGCGGGGAGGCAGAUGGGGACCCAGCCCACGGCAAAGACUGCAACGGCAGCCUAGACACAUCGCUGGGGGAGAAGGGGCCUCCCCGGCAGAGCUGCAGUGCAGACAGCGCUAUCUCAGACGCUAUGGAAGAGCUGGAAGAGGCCCACCAGAAGUGCCCACCGUGGUGGUACAAGUGUGCCCACAAAGUGCUCAUAUGGAACUGCUGCACCCCGUGGAUGAAGUUCAAGAGCAUCAUCCACCUGAUUGUCAUGGACCCCUUCGUGGACUUGGGCAUUACCAUCUGCAUUGUGCUCAACACCCUCUUCAUGGCCAUGGAGCAUUACCCCAUGACAGAGCACUUUGACAACGUGCUCACCGUGGGCAACCUGGUAGGGAGGGGACAGGAAGAGGUGUCACUCCCAGGCAGGACAGGAGAGAGAAGGGCCACAGGGCCCUAUGGGGCCAUCUGGGCUGUGCGGAAAUACGGGGCACUAUUGGGGGGCAUAUGGGGACAAGCUGGGCUUAUUCUCUCCCAGUAUAUGGGGGGCAGGAGUUGAGAUA